AUGUACGGACAGCAGCAUUCGCAGCAGCAUCCACAGCAGGAGCAUCCACAGCAGGGGUAUCAACAGGGGUAUCAACAGGGGUAUCAACAGAGGUAUCCACAGGAGUAUCAGCAGCAGUAUCAACAGGAGUAUCAAGAAGGGUAUCAGCAAGAGUAUCAGCAAGAGUAUCAGUAUCAACAGCCAAAUGUGUCUGAUAGAUACCAACAACCACUGCCUCUGCCGGGACAGAGGCAUCCAGAGCUACAGUCUCAGAGUCCGGGAUAUGGCGGUCAAAGAUAUGGAUAUAGAGGUGAGAAAGAGGCAGCUGUAAAUGGUAAUGGUAUCGGAAAUGGACCACCUCUUCCGCCAAAACCAUAUCAGGCCAAUGAUGAUGGUCUCGUUCGGUUAAAUCAGGCCAUGAGCGGAGUCAGGCUGGUAGGACCACGGCAACCGACGACUGGUCAGGGCUUUGGCAACUACAACGAUUACACUAGUAAUAAUAGCAAUACCGAUAGUGGUAGUAGUAAUAUCGGGCGUGGUAAAAGUUAUUCUGAUGAAUAUGGAGGCAGUGGUAGUGCUAAUGGAUUCUCAGCGGUGACAGAAUUUGCGGAUAGAAGACCGACUUUCCAUCCUUCAGGACCCAGAUCCCCUCCACGAACAGGCUCUCCAACGAGAAACUCGUACCAGACAACCCCUGGAAAUCUGUAUAGCACCCAAACGGACGGUAGUACUGCUGCUACUUAUGGAUAUUCACAGCCACUAGCACCACAAGUGCCAUCUCAAGUACCACCACUAGUACCACCAGUACCAGUACUUCAAGCGCCAACAACAGAGUUUCGACACAGCAACCCUACAAACACAUUUGAUCUGAGCACGCCAUCCAGAUACGAUAUAGUAGGGGGUACUGGAUCGAUAAGACCACGAUUGCACUUGGAUCCACAGCCAUCAACACCUCCAUCACAACACUAUUCUCAUCCUCAACAAACUCCUCCAUCUCAAGGCUAUGUUCAUCCUCAACAACCAUCACACCAGUCGUAUUCACCACUACCGUUUGUACCGGAUCAAUAUAAUAAUCAGCGUUCUAACUGGGACGAGCAACCUGUUCAAGUACCUCGUUUAUCACCUAUAAAUGCAGAGGCUCCGAGGUUCGGUAAUGAUAAUCUGACUCGACAAGCUCCAGUAUCUGAUUAUAGUGAUGAAGAAGAGUAUGAAGAAGAUUCGUCUUCGUUUGUUAGCGGGAUAAGAGAAGAGCUCAACUCGCUCUAUCCCAGCUCCCCCUAUGGCCAGACUGCAGGAAGAGAUACUAGUAUAACACCACAACAGUACACAUAUCAAUCCACUAGUCCUACAAUUGAUCGAUAUUCGUAUGGACAAGAUUACCAAGCUCAGGUACAGCCUGAUCCAAGGUCUGAAUAUCAACCUCACUAUGAACCAGACUACCAAAAUCAGCAGCAAUAUACGAACCAUCGACAAAACCAGUCUGAUCUCGUUCCAAAGAGACUAAGUUUACCCAGUCAGUCCAAUGUUCUAUAUCAAGAAAGUGACAGGCAAAACCGACGACUGUCGAACAUUGUCGCUGGUGUUUCUAACACACAAUUCGACAAUAAUGUCAGUACUGCUGUAAAUGCUGGCUCUGAUAUGUUCCGGUCAACAUCAGACGUGUCUCAAGGACCGAGUUAUGGAACUGUUCCACAGUCGUCACAAUCAAACCCAUCACCACAACUGAGGCAAUGGACUCAGCAACAAACGGCCAAUCGUGUUCCUGUAGGCAGUUCUGAUCGCAUCCCUUCAUACGGAAAUCAAGCUAUACCGGAGUUUAAUCGCAGUCUAACAACAUCUGAUGUACCUCCUGUGUCAACACUUGCACCGUCUUCUGCAUCCGUAUACAGCGCCCAGACCGACAUGAGCUCGUCAUUGUUAAGCUCGACACGAUCUACUGAUAACGAUCUGAUGAUUAAAAUGGGACUUCCUGUUAUUCCUGAUACCGUUCCAGUUUUUGACGCCAGCCGGUUGUCAAGUCGAGAUUACGAACGGUGUAAAGAGAUUUGGUCUCUUAGCAGUGUGUCCCAAUGGAUAGCAUCUCUUUUUAGAAACGACUUACAGGUGACCGUGAAAGAAGUGAAUCGUGCUUUAGUGGGAUUAUUUACACAUUAUAUUCCUACAUUGAAUUGGCUACAUGCCGAAGUCAUGGCUGAUGAUUUUAUCAGAACACUGCGGGCUUCUGGAUUCAUCACCAUCAAGGAAGAAGAAAAUACAAAAACCAAUCAAGAAAAUCGGACCGUGCCAGCAUCAGUACCCAAACCUACUAUAACCGGGUUGAAAACAGGGUCGUCUCCAUGUGUCCAAAUAAACAGUUCUGUCAGUGUUAGCGGAGUAUUCCCGAUCUUAACAGGAGGUGGUUGCUAUUCUAAAUAUUCGCACGAAAUAAAAAGAGACCAGGUACAACCAUACCGGUGUUACUCGCCGAAAUGCUCGCGAACAAUACCAGUUCGAGCUGCAUUGCCAACGAUUGAUAUUGCCAACGUCGACAGUGCAGCUAAUAAAGAUUGGGCAACUUGUUACAGUAUAGAUAAAGCUCAACAACUGGAGAUUGGCAAGCGUGAAGUGAGCAGACAAUCAGCUAUCCACGAGCUAAUUGCUGGUGAAGAGUCGUAUGUCAGCGAUUUGAACAUUCUGUUGUCAGUUUACGGGGAGUCGCUAUCGCGAAUUGUCCCUACAAUAAUAGACGACCAAGCCGAAUUCUGUGCAGCAGCGUUUGGACUGGUUAAGGGCGUCAUGAACUGUAAUAGUCAGUACCUGUUACGAGGACUGCGAGAACGACAAGCUCAAGAAAGCCCUUUCAUUACUGGAGUCGCCGAUAUAGUUCUGGAAUGGGUCAAACACGCAAAAGAGCCAUACAUUAGCUAUGUCAACAGUUAUCCACAAGUGGAUAGACGGAUUCGUAAAGAGAAGGAGACCAAUAUCCCAUUCUCUGAUUGGUUGGACCGAACUAGUCGCGAUGUGCGAACAAAAGGUGUUCCACACUCGUUCUAUUUCCAACGAGUGAUUCCACGAUUCCUGCGGCCGCGAUUACAACCAGCGACUGGGCGAAAUCCAGAAAUCCAUGGACCUGCUGGAUCUGGACGAGCAGCUCAGGUGGGAGAACAAAAGCAUGAAGCUCGAACUGCGACUAAAAGACGGCAAACGGCGAAUCAUCCGACGAGGAGAGGUUCUCCGCAAAGAGGGCCACAGCGUCGACUGGGUUCCCAACCACCUGAUUCUGCUCGACAACUACCUCCUCAUCGCCAAACGCCGGCCUGA